CUCACACUCAGCCUCUGCGCAUCAUUUAAAGGGGGGAGUCCGACCGUCGAUUUUCCCCGGUUCUAGUCUCACCCCCGCCCGCUGCGUGGCUGGCUGCCGCUCGGUGACAAACAGAACCGCUCUCCUGCACUCCCAACACUUUUAUGUAUUUAUUAAUUUUUUUAUCCUCCCCUCCUUCUCCAAUCCGCCUCGCAUCGCCCCGUUUCAAUACAUGGAAUAUAUUCCAGGCGCAUUUCCUCUCCCCUAACCGAGCCGGAGACCGGAGCGCACGGCGGAAAAAUACGAACCCAGCCGUGAUUCAUGGACGCAUCACCAUGAGGAGACUCCAACUACCAACAAGGGAGGACCUGGCAUGGACCGCUGCGUCUAAAUGAAGUGGUUCAGCCAUGCAAUGUUCCUGGAAGGCAGUGAUUCUGCUGGCCUUGGCCUCCAUUGCCAUCCAGUACACGGCCAUCCGGACCCUCACCUCCAAGCCUUUCCAGCUGUGCCCACUGCCCAGCCCCCAGAACUGCGGUCUGGGCGGCCAGGAGACGGAGCCUCCGUUUGAGCGGGGCACGGCGGGCAGCGGCGGCUGCGAUGACUACCCUUACUUUUCCAUCAACGCCACGCGGAAAACCCACAUUUUGGUCCUGGCCACCACUCGCAGCGGCUCCUCGUUCGUCGGCCAGCUGCUCAACCAGCACCAGGAGGUCUUUUACCUGUUCGAGCCUCUCUACCAUGUCCAGACCACGCUGAUCCCUCGACUGUCCCACAGCCGCAACGCCGCCGACCGCCGUGUGAUGCUGGGCGCCAGUCGGGACCUUCUGCGGAGCCUCUACGGCUGCGACCUCUACUUCCUGGAGAGCUACAUCAAACCGACACCCAUGAAUCACACCACGGACAAACUGUUCCGCCGCGGUGCCAGCCGAGCGUUGUGCCAGCAACCCGUGUGCGACGCCUUCGGUCCCGCCGACGUUAACGUAGAGGAAGGCGACUGCGUAAAGAAAUGCGCGAGUCUGAACAUGACCCUGGCGACGGAGGCGUGCCGAGAGAAGCGACACGUGGCGAUCAAAAUCGUCCGGGUGCCGGAGAUCGGAGACCUACGAGCUUUGGUUGAAGACCCGCGGCUGAACAUCAAAGUGAUUCAGCUGGUCAGAGACCCGCGUGGUAUCCUGUCCUCACGGAUCGAGACCUUCAGGGAUACAUAUCGUCUGUGGCGCAUCUGGAGGGCCACGGGGAGGAGGCCCUAUAAUCUAGACCUGAGUCAGCUCACGGUUGUCUGUGAAGACUUUCUCAGUUCUGUUUCUACCGGUCUCAGCCAUCCCUACUGGCUAAAAGGGAAAUACAUGUUGGUUCGAUAUGAGGAUUUGGCGCGAAAUCCGCUUCUUAAGACAAAGGAGAUCUAUGACUACCUGGGGCUGCCUAUGGAUAAAAACGUGGAAGACUGGAUACAUGCAAACACUCGGGGCAGCAAUGAGCCUUCAGCAAAACACAAGUUUGGUACGGUGAGGGACUCAGCGGCUAAUGCAGAGAGCUGGCGUUUGAAACUGUCUUAUGAUAUGGUGGAAUACACACAGACUGUGUGUCAGAAAGUACUUUACCGGCUGGGAUACAAGGCUGUGAAAUCAGUGGAGGAACUGAAGAACAUGUCCCUCUCACUGGUACAGGACAAAACUUUUGUACCGUUUUUGUAACAAAGAUAGUUCUCUAAUGACUAUUUUUGAUAUAUUUAUAAUUGUUGCCUUAUAAGUUCCUUAGUUUGUUUGUUUGUUUUCAUUUCUGUCAUUUUGUUUCUCAAAGAUUUGCACUAAAGAUUUUUGAAUGCACCAAGGGAACUGUGGAUGAUUCUCCCCCCCCCAUGUUAUAGAACAGCACAUUUUCAACACAAAGUAAUCAAACAAGCUAGUUUACAAAUGUCUCAUCAGUUACUUUUAAUGUGAAUAGGACAAAAAUUCAAGGCACUGUCUUCAUUAUUUUCCUGUGUGCAAGAUGUUGUCUCGACAGAAGUAAAAUGUUGCCCUGGGAAUGUGGGAGUUGGGAGGGUUUCUGAAAAGCAGACAUGUUUUUUUUGUUUGUUUUUUAGACCUGUGAUGGCAAAUUUUGACUGUACAAGCCCUACUGUGCAAUAAAUAGUGAAUGUCGCAGUCAACCUUUACCACUAUGGCAUUUUAUCCAUGUGCGAAGAGAGGAGAUACUUCUGACAGAUGCCACGCUUGCAAAGGAUAAUUGCAGACAAUUAAUAGGCUCUCAAGUUAAAGGGACAGAAUCCCAUCGGAGGUCACGAGUGUUUCAUCAGAGGAUUUACAACCAUCUGUGGUAGACAAACACGCACUAAUGAGAGGUAAUGCUGAAAUCUUCAUUAUGAUAUGUUACAAGAUGAUUUAAAAGAAAAUGGAUGUAGACAUAAUGUAGGUUCCAAACCGAGCAGACACUGAAGCAUUCUGAUGAAGAAACGUUGUUUAAUUUAUCACUUUAUUUAUGUUUUCAUUUGUAGAGUCCAUUUAUUCUCAAUUGUUCACGGUGUGGAAUUUACACGGCCUGUUCUGUCUUCAAUUAAAAUAUUUAUGACACUGUU